AUGAAUAACCAUAAAUAACUACAAGAAAUCCCUGAAUUUUACUUGAACUAGGAUCCCUAACGAUUUAAUUUGUAAGUUAAAUAAAGAAAAUCCUUAAAUAUAGUGAAUAGGUGGAGGAAUUAAUAUAAGAACAAUCUAAAAAAUUUUCAAUGCAUAAGUAAAUUUAUUAAAAUUUUAAACCCUGUUUUAAUGUUGAUCGUAACCAUUUUAUUAUUUGCGUAUGUUGGACUCAUUUAUUAUAAUGGUUAAUCAAACUAAGAAGUUUAUGAAUAAUUCUUAUAGAAUUAAAAUCAAGAAAUAAUUGCUGGUAUUUAUAUUGAAUGGUUGUCUUCAACUUGUUAAGCUCCGUAUGAACCUAUUUUUAAUUAUAACUUUGAUUAAUAAAUUAUAGGUUGCGAUUGUAGUUAAACUAAUUAACAAAAUAUUUCAGUUGGGAAAGAAUGCAACUCAUUCCUUUUGAAAUAGGGUUGUUUUACUUUUCACCAAAGACUUUAAUAAAAUUUAACUUAGUUAAAUAAUAAUGGCUAUGGAACUUGUAUUUCUUAAUAAUUAUUUUAUAGCAUUUAUUAUUUGUGUAAAAAGAGAAAAGAAUGUUUCUUUAAAAAAUAACUAAACUUAUUGUUAGUAAGAACAAAGGACUGUAUGUGGAAAAGAUUUGAAAUAUUGCUUACCGAUAAAUGUUAAUUGCCCUAUAACUGAAUUUGGAAUUAGAUCGUUUGCAGAUAUUGAUGAAUAAUAUAUUGAUAAAUCAAUAAAUCUUGGAAACAGAUAAUUUUUUUAUUUUGGAUAUAAUGAGAAUAUACUUCCUAUAUCUGAAGUUUUAUUAAUUAAAGGUGAUAAAGUCUGUAAAUUAAAUAAAAACAUUUAUUAGUAAGUAAUUUAAUAUGAAAAUAAGGAAAAGUUUUGCUCAUAUUUUGAUCCUCUUUAUAAAAAUGUAUAUACAAUAUCUGAGGAAUAGUUUUUUUAAUCAAAUAAUUUAAUUUAAUAUAAAAAUGAGUUGAAUUAUUUUUAUGUCAAUAAUACUCAAAAUUGGACAUUACAAACUAAAUCUUAUACCCUUAUUUCAGAUGAAUGUUAAGAUUAAGAUUUCUUUAAUAAAAUGCUAACUAAUGAAUAUGAAGCCUAAAUAAAUAGGUAAAAGUUAAAUUUAUUUAUUUUAAUAACAGUAUUUAGUUCAUUGCUUUUUUCAAGCCAUUUUUCUAUUUUUUUUAAAUUUAUUGA